AUUGACAAGGAGGUCAGCAAGUUUGCGCGCAACGCAGCCACCACCUUUGCGCCCCGCGCCUCAGGUGCCACCGGCAAGAAUCCGGCCUACAAGGGCAGCCUGCUGUACACGGUGUUUGAGGUCCAGGCCUGGGCGGCACUGGCGUUGGGUGGCCUGCUCUCCUUCAACCUCAUCUUCCCCUCCGACCAGCCAGACAUCGCGCGCCUGCUGGGCAUGUGGUCCAUCUGGAUGUUCACCGUCCCCUCUUUGCGCGCACGGGAGUGCACUGACCGUGAGAAGGACGCCCUCAACCUGCUCUUCCUGGCCAUCCCGCUGCUUAACGUGACGCUGCCCUUUGUGUGGAAGUCCUUCCCCUUCAUCUUCACCGCCGACUGCGUG